AUGUCGGAGCCGGUACCAUCAUACCAGCCAGGAACUGUGCUUACAGUAGGAAGUCACCAAGUUGUGAUCGAUAAAUAUGUUGCGAGGGGAGGAUUUGCAGAAAUUUACACGUGUCGGAUGUCGCCAGCGUGGAAUAACCAGACGGUGGGAUGUUUGAAGCGUGUGGCGGUGCCCACAAAGCCGCAAUUGAAUAAACUAAGGCAGGAGGUGGACGCAAUGAGAAGAUUGGAGGGGAAUAAAUACAUAGUCUCGUACAUCGACUCGCAUGCCAGCCAUGCGUCGAACGGGCAGGGAUACGUGGUGUUCAUGCUAAUGGAGUACUGCACGAAAAAAGGGUUGAUUGACUUCAUGAACACCCGGUUGGUCAACAAGCUCACGGAGCCCGAGAUAAUCAAUAUAAUCUACGAUAUAACGUAUGCCGUUGCCUGCGUGCAUUCGCUCGACCCUCCACUCAUUCACAGGGACAUAAAGAUCGAGAAUGUUCUAUUGGCGGACGACGGGACGUUCAAACUUUGCGAUUUUGGCUCCGCUUGCCCGCCUAUGCAGCCUCCGCGGAAUCUGGAGGAGUUCCAGGUGAUGCAAAACGACAUUCUUCACAAUACAACGCCGCAGUACAGGUGUCCCGAGAUGGUCGACCUGUACAAGAGGCAGCCGAUCGACGAGAAGUCGGACAUCUGGGCUCUUGGCGUCAUGCUUUACAAGUUGUGCUACUACACCACACCGUUUGAGAGCAAUGCCAUCAACGGGUCGCGAAAUGCCGGCGGGGGCAACUAUGCGAUCGUCAACGGGAUCUUCUCCUUCCCGCCUGCACCGCCUUUCAGUGCGAGGUUGAAGAACGUGAUUUCCAAAACACUUGCUGUGGAUCCAAACGCGAGACCAGAUGCCUUUCAGCUGCUUGAGGAGCUCUGCAAGAUGAAAGGGGAGGUUUUCCCGAAGCAGUUUGCCCACAGGCUGCAACAGGGUGCCCCCGUUUAUGCGGCAAAGGCCAGUGUUGAGCCAUCCACCAACCACAAUGCCAUUCCUGCACAUUCGGUCUCAUCCGGUGCACUUCCGCGUUUCAGUGGCCUGGUGAGCCGGAACACGCCCGUUGCCACGCGGCAGCCGAAAGGCGGUGCCGAUCCGUUUGCCGGGCUUCGCAAUUACGUUCCUGGGGGGGCUGGGGUGGCAAACAGUGGGAGUGACAUGCAUUUGGCACAGUCUUACCAACAUAUACUGCCAUCCUCACAGGGACAGCAAGUGCAGUACACACAGCAAGCACAGUACGUACAGCAUUCAAAGCAGGGACCGUACACACAGCGCUCAAAGCAGGGACAGCCAAAAUUAUUGGACUCACAGUCCCAAACUGCGACAUCCAGGUCCAGGUAUCCCCCGGAUUUGCUCAGGAGACCGCUCAGUAUGUCGGCAACCGAUUACGAGGGCAUGGCCAACGGCAGCAGUGCCAAGAGCAGGAUUGUCUCGCCAAUUGAAAGCAUCAUCACAGGAAUGACCGAGGAGGAAACCGUGGAAUUAUCACCCGGCCACCCGCCAAACAUCGACAGCUCGGUCCAGUUCCUGCGGGAUGUUUCGGCCAACAACACGGACUCCAGUUCGAACUCCAGUCCUGUCAGCAAGAGGUCCAGUAUUUCGUCAUUAAGGGAUCUCCUUACAGGUGGCCGGUUUUCUUCUCGCCGCAGAUCCUCGCAUUUGUCCCGGCACUCCUCGUCCUCCUCGAGGAUAUCGUCCUACAGCCAGAGGGAGAAGUCUGACGGCCUUCUUGACUUCUCGCGGUCGCACAUUCGUACCAAAAAGCAGCCUGAUAGCAACUUCAAAGGUAUGGCUGAUAACAACUUCAAAAAUAUGGCUGAUGGCAACUCCAAAGACAUGGCUGAUGGCAACUCCAAAGACAUGGCUGAUGGCAACUCCAAAAACAUGGAUACCAGCAUCUCCAAUUCUCUGCCCGAGCAGAAACAUCACAGAAGCCACUUUCAGACCAGGCACUCCUUCGAGUCCCAUCUGCACGCCCCGCCCAAAAUCCCCAAGUUGCACCCGCCAAAAAAGCCCAACUCCAUACAGUGGAGGGUCAAGGAGCUCCUGGGAAGAAAGAAGACCCCGGCUCCAAAGACUGCAAAUGGCUACGGCAAGUACACUGAUAGAGAUACGAAAUUAGACGCCAGAAAUUCCCCAGGCAUCGAUCUGGUCCGCAGGAAAAGCCUCGUGGAGAGUGGGCUCCCAAAGUUGUCCAUAUCGGAUGUUGAGCAGGCCGAUCCGUUUGCUCUCCCAGAUAAAACCAAGCAUAGAAAUGAGCAUAGAGCCAAGUCUCCUCCUCCCAAGCCCAAGAAGCCGGCAUACCUCCGGCGGCUGUCGCUGAAGGGCCGGCCGCAGGCAGAGGUGUCAGGUGUGGACCAGAUUCCGGCAUCCACCCGUCACGAACGGGCAGUCAGCGGCGGAAGCUCUCUUUACAAUGAGGACUUUGAGGUGUUGGAGAAGAAGUUCGAGCGGAAGUAUCCCAGCGCGAUCUAG